UUGGAACCAUAACACACUUGGAUCACCGCAAGGUGGUAACAGCACUCAGUUCCAAUCCACUGAUAACCCGCCGCGGCAAUCUGCGUGAAUUUGAAUCCCUCCAGAAUGCCUGACCUUUCUUUCGCCCUGCUGGUGCUGCUGGCUGCUCUCUCGGGUUGUCUGGCCAGAGGCUCCGUUGUAACAUCGAAGAAAGUCGACAAAGAGCCUGCAAAAGAGAAGACAUGUCCUCCCAGUCUAUCCAGAGGAUGGGCCGAUGAGGUUAAUUGGGUUCAGACCUACGAAGAAGGGCUGUACAAAGCCCGAAAGAGCAACCGACCUUUAAUGGUGAUCCAUCACUUGGAAGAUUGCCAAUUCAGUCAAAGUUUGAAGAAGGCAUUUGCUGAGAGUAAAGAAAUUCAGAAAAUGGCAAAAGAAGACUUUGUUAUGCUUAAUCUUGUGUUUGAGACAAAUGACAAAAACUUGUGGCCUGACAGUCAGUAUGUUCCCAGGAUCAUUUUUGUAGAUCCCUCUUUAACAGUCAGAGCAGACAUCAGAGGGAAGUAUGACAAUCGUCUGUACACCUAUGAGCCUGGUGACAUUGAUCUCUUGAUAUCAAACAUGAAAGCAGCCAAGAAACUACUGAAACAGGAAUUAUAAGAAACUGAAGUCAUUUAACUACCUAUUAAGCUUUAUUAGUUUCAUUAUCUGCUCAAUAUAUCUAACCAUAAGUUCAUUGUUAGAGCCAGUGUAUGUGACUGUCCCAAUAUUGUACUAAUGUGUGCAGAAAAAGUGUAAAUAAUGUUCUCUCAAUAUUGGGUAUUUCAACUUGAGACAUUUUAAUAAAUCUUUUGAUAUCA